GGCUGGCACUGGCACUGGCAGCACUUCUACAAUCUCUCUUCUCUUCUACCCUUUACCACUCUGCAGACCCAUCCUUCUUCUAACCCAUUCUUUUAAUUGAUUCCACGCCUUCCCCUUAAUCUGUGUCUUUUUUUUGUUUCCCACAUUGAUCUCUUCAUGUUUGAGGGUGUUUCUUCUAGAAGAUCUGGUUCUUAUAAUCCCUGACUUGUUCCUCUCUGCAAUUGCAUUUGUUAACCCCUCCUUUUUUUUUUUUUGGGUCUGUUUUUUUUUCUAUUACCCAGAAAUUGAAUAGUAAGAAAAAUAGAAACUUGGAAAAUGAAAGAGGCAGAAAAGCUAAUUUGGGAACAAACAAGGAGCCCUAAAUCUGGAGGAGGUGGCGCACAGUCUCGAACCUUGCCGAAGCUUCUUGUAUUGCUCAUCCUCUUCGUUUCUGUUACAUAUGUAGUCUACACGCUCAAGCUCAUCUCCACAUCACGCGCUUGCAACGAUGGACCAUUCUCCACCGACACAUUCUCUUCCCCUUACUCUAAAACAAUCCCCAACAUCAAUGCCACUGCUUCCUCGCUCAGAUUCCCCAACGCAACAACCUCCGCCGCUCUGCGCCGAGGAUCUCGUGAAACCCAUGACGACGACGACCGAACGGAGCUCCGGCACGUGGUGUUCGGAAUCGCCGCGUCCUCGAAGCUCUGGGAGCAAAGGAAGAACUACAUCAAGCUGUGGUACAAGCCGAAGGAGAUGCGGGGCGUGGUGUGGAUGGACAACAAGGUGAAAACCUCCCAGAACGACGGGCUCCCGCCGGUGAGAAUCUCCGGCGACACUUCCAAAUUCGCGUACACGAACCGGCAGGGUCACCGGUCGGCGAUCAGGAUCUCGCGGAUCGUGUCGGAGACGCUGAGGCUGGGGAUGAAGGAGGUGCGGUGGUUCGUGAUGGGCGACGACGACACCGUUUUCGUGACGGAGAAUCUAGUACGGAUAUUGAGGAAGUACGAUCACAAACAGUUCUAUUACAUUGGGAGUUUAUCGGAGAGUCAUUUGCAGAACAUAUUCUUCUCUUACGGCAUGGCCUACGGCGGAGGAGGGUUCGCCAUCAGUUACCCUUUGGCAAAAGCUCUCUCCAAAAUGCAGGACCGUUGCAUACAGAGGUACCCGGGACUGUACGGUUCCGAUGACCGGAUGCAAGCUUGUAUGGCUGAACUCGGUGUUCCACUCACUAAAGAAAUCGGUUUUCACCAGUAUGAUGUGUAUGGGAACCUGUUUGGUCUUCUUGCAUCUCAUCCUGUGACCCCAUUAGUGUCACUGCACCACCUUGAUGUGGUUGAGCCAAUCUUCCCCAAUGUGACUCGGGUAGAUGCCCUUCAACGGCUUACUAUACCAAUGAAGCUUGACUCAGCAGGGCUCAUGCAGCAAUCCAUCUGCUAUGACAAAUCCAAGGGCUGGACCGUUUCUGUUUCAUGGGGUUUUGCUGUUCAGAUAUUUCGCGGUGUGUUUUCACCCAGGGAAAUGGAAAUGCCUUCAAGAACAUUCUUGAAUUGGUAUAGAAGAGCAGAUUACACUGCAUAUGCAUUCAACACACGUCCUGUUAGCCGAAACCCGUGCCAGAAGCCUUUUGUAUUUUAUUUCUCAAGGGCAAAAUACAAUUCUGCAAUGCCUCAUAUAGUGAGUGAAUAUGAAAGACAUCGUGUACCUCACCCGGAAUGCCGGUGGAAGAUGGCUGAUCCUUCUUCUGUUGACAAAGUGGAGGUAUAUAAGAAGUCAGAUCCGCAUUUAUGGGAUAGAGCUCCAAGGAGAAACUGUUGCCGAGUGAUGAAGUCCAAGGAUAAAGGAACCAUGGUUGUAGAUGUGGGUAUGUGUAGGGAAGGUGAGGUAAGCGAAACAUAAUUGUGACAUUUCACUGAUAUUACUAUAAGAAGGAGGAGAAUUCUUGUGCAUCACCUUCUCGUGGAGUUACUUAGAAAGCUUAUUUCUUUAUUUAUUGGGUGGAUUACCCUCACAUUAUGAAAUUUUGUAACUUUUUCCCUGGGGUUCACUGAAAUGGGGUGAGGGUUGGGGAAAGAAGGUCAUUGUACAAAGACAUUUGUAGUUAAACCAAAUGUAGAUGGGAUGGU